UGAUAUGCGUCACCAACGGCUACCUCCCUGCCCCCAAACCAAAUUAGCACGCAUUUGCCGCUUCUGCCCUUAAACCUUAAAGCCCCCAAAUUAAGAAGACACCAACGUUUCACCAUUGAACCAAAUCCCCUCCUUUUUAAGGAUGGGAAGGCUCCGAGCCAAAACUGAUUAUGAAAGCCUCAGAAAAGCCCGCAUUUUGGAAAACCAGGCUCGGUUAGCUUCUUUGGGAGUUCAAAAAGCUGUAUCAGAACUUCGAUCCCUUACCUCCUCAGCAAAAUCUGGGAAAAGAAAAUGGCAUAAAGUUGAUUAUUCCUCCACCCCUUUGCGCCGUUCGAAUCGUCUCAAAGGGAAAUCAUGCAUCUCGGAAUUAUCAGUUAAAGGGGAAAGUGGGCUUUCCCAGCUUAGUGAUGUUGAAGAUGAUGGUGAGAAGAAGAGGCCUGCAAAUGCACCAUUAAUGAGGGUGAAAAGGAUGGGAAGGAUGGGAAGGCUCCGAGCCAAAACUGAUUAUGAAAGCCUCAGAAAAGCCCGCAUUUUGGAAAACCAGGCUCGGUUAGCUUCUUUGGGAGUUCAAAAAGCUGUAUCAGAACUUCGAUCCCUUACCUCCUCAGCAAAAUCUGGGAAAAGAAAAUGGCAUAAAGUUGAUUAUUCCUCCACCCCUUUGCGCCGUUCGAAUCGUCUCAAAGGGAAAUCAUGCAUCUCGGAAUUAUCAGUUAAAGGGGAAAGUGGGCUUUCCCAGCUUAGUGAUGUUGAAGAUGAUGGUGAGAAGAAGAGGCCUGCAAAUGCACCAUUAAUGAGGGUGAAAAGGGGUGAAAUUGCGUGGCUUUCCCCAGAUGCUUUGGCGCGGCGUUGCUCGAGUAAAGGGAGGGGAAGUUUGUAUGAUCCAACUUACGGUAUUUGCUGCCAUUUCUGCAGGCAAAAGAAAUUGUGUGGUGAAGAAGAUUGCAGAAGAUGUGGUGAUCUAGACAUGGACCAGCCAUGCAUAGGGAAGACAGAUUGCUCGGUUUGUCACUCGAGCAAUGGUGUUCUCUGUCGAGCUUGUCUCAAGGUCAGAUAUGGUGAAGAAAUUGAGGACGUCAGAGCAAAUCAAGAGUGGAUGUGCCCUCACUGUGUUGAAGAAAAAGGAACUAAACCAUAUUGGAUCUGUAACAGCUCCUUUUGCUUGAAGAAGCGCAACAUGGCACCAACUGGGAUAGCUAUUUUCAAAGACUUCGGAAAGCAGACAAACGAGGUGGAUGAGAAGCUUCUCCUAGCCAAGAACUUCUUCUACGAGCCACAUGUUGUGAUCACUAGAGUUACAUGGACAACUAGAUCUUGUAAAGCCCUGCGUAAGGGCAUGGAAUGUAGUCUCUCAUUUUGGUUCAGCUAAGUAGUCUUGGUAAAUGCUUGACCGCUUGUAAAUGAAUUAUUGUUCUCUUAAACACUGAACGUGUGUUGAUCCUUUCUGUCCUUGGAUUUGCUCUAGCCAUGCGUAACUUAAAAGUUUACAAUUGCCCACUCCA